AUGAUCAAAUCAUCUACUCCUGUAAGUACUAUUUCCUCUGUGGAUACAAAUAAUACAACAACCACAUCAAAUGCUGUUCAAAGUGGUCCAUAUACAAAAGCUCAAUUUCAAAAUACCAUGGAAGGUUCGCGUAGUGUCAAAAAUGCUAAAGAAGUUGAACAACUACUUCGUGAUUAUCCAGCUGCAUUGGAACUCUAUCGAACAGGAAAAUAUAAAGUCAAAGUAAAAUAUGAAGCUGAUAUUGAGCGUGUUAUACUCGUUGAAAAACGGUCAACGAAAGUCGUGCCGAAUAAUGAAACAAAAACAAAUGGUGAUCAACAAAAUUAUCAAUCUCGUCCUACUUUAUCAACAGAUUCAGAGAGAAGAAAACAAGAAAUAAUAACAGAAAAAGAUUCCGAACGAUCACGUAAUCGUGCUGAAUCACAAGAUCAUACUGUACCAGUAACAUCCGCGACAGAUAAUAGUUCUUCAGUUACGGCAACAAUCUCAUCAAUGCCUACGAUCGUUAAUACUCAGCCUAAAACUGAUCUUCAUUCAGCAAUAUCCAAAGAACAGAAAAUUCCAGAACCAUCACAAACACAAGAGCCUCAACAACAAGAACAACAAGAACAAAAAAAAGAAAAACAUCAUAGUGAUCGUCGUACUCGUUCUCGUGAUAGCCCUUCGAAUGUGUUACAAUCGAAACAUAAAGAGAAAAAAAGUAGUCGAGAUCAUCGAAGAGUACUAGUGCCUUUGAUGACAAAUGGUGCUCAAACUCAAUAUAUGUGGCAAUCACCACAAGGUGUUCAACAUUAUUUUAGCCAACCUACUAUACAACAACAAGCUCAACCAUCAAAUAUGUAUAAGCGUCCGCUAUAUCCAUUGCAACAAAAUCCAGCUUUUCAACAACCAUAUUAUUAUGGGCAAACACCACUUCCUGCUAUUACUUAUCAACAACCAUCUGCUUAUCCACUAUCAUCAACAAAAACAUUACUUGGCAAUGGCACUAGUUCAACGGUUAAUUCAAUAAAUAAUUAUUCAACAUCUUCUAAGAAUAAACAUAAUUCAAAUAUGGCUGCAACAGCUAAUACAUCGUAUCCUACAUUUUAUCCAAAUCAACCACAGUAUUUACCUCCACAGCCUACCUAUCCAUCACAGGUACCUUAUCAAAUGCCUACUCAAUGGCCAACAGUAGCUCAUCGACGAGCACGUCCAGUUCUACACGAUGAUAAUAUUCCAACAGAAAAUCGUCGAACAUCGAAACAUCGUGCUCAUAGUGUUGACACACGUACUCGUAGUCAACCUCCAAUUAAUUAUUAUAAUCAACCACAACAACCAGCUCCACCAGUAAUAGUCGAAAGUCAUCAUCAUCAUCAUCAUCAUCAUCAUCGAUCUCAGCCGACCAAUGUACCAAUUAAUCCUGUUGGUCCAUCAGUAGAUGCUCCUAUAGAACAACAUACUCUAUUGAAUCCAAAUACGAUAUCAACAGUUAACAACGGUACUAAUGGUAGUGAACGAUUAACUAUUCGUCAACUAAAUGAAAUUUUUUUUCAUACUGAGCCAUCAGGUCGAUUACCUUAUGGUACAUUACCUAAUAUUUUACAACGUUUUGGCAUAGCUUUGACAGAAAAUGAGUUAACUUCAGCUGCAAUUGAUCUUGCUUAUAAUGUUAACGAGCCAAUCUCCGCUCGACGUCUAGUACAUGUUUUAGUUAAAUUAGGUAAAAUAUCAAAAUCAACAAAUCAACAACAACAACAACAACAACAACAACAACAGCAACCGACUGCUUCACCAGUGAUGUUACCUGAAGAUCGCGAAGUAAUCGAUAUUAUGACGCAAAAUAGAUCGAUUGGCAGGGCAUCAACUCAUAUACAUUCAUCAACACAUCCUAAUAGUUGGAAUUAA